AAACAUUCCCACCAUGGCUACCGGAAUCUUCAACUCUACCUACUACGGCAAGGACUACCGGGCCGGUGCCGCCCUCCUGCGCGCCCGCCGCCCAUAUCUGUUUAAGAAUACCCUCACAGGCUUCGGACUGUUCGCAUUUACAAUUGCAGUCUAUACAUACACCCUCAAGGCUGUCGGCCAAGAAGACUUUGCCGAUGUCAAGGUCCCCGAUGCCCCCGCGGACAAGAAAUGA